CAUCGCGUCGGUAGUGUCUGGUUCGCGGCCAUUGUUGGAUUACGUGCCGCCGGUUUGUGUUCGACGCGUUCGCGCUUCGCAUUGUCGCGCAUUCUUCCGUUCGGACACAGCGCGCAAACGCCAUCGUCUUUGCCUAAGAAUUUCCAAUUUCGAUCAUGGACGGCGAGAUCGCUGCCUCCGCCGCCGCCGUAAUCGAUGAAAUACCAGUCAAGGUCCCGUUAAACUUGAACGUCGAAGAAGCCACGGGUGGUUGUGGUAGCGACAGUGGCGUAGAUGUGACGCCGGCAGUGUCAUGCGACUCAAGCCUGGCGUCGGGCUGUUACGACCCGUGCAAGAGCCCGCUGGGCCCGUUCAGUCCGACGGAAACCGGUGGUCCUUCCUCGUUACCUUGUUACCCAACCACCAUCGGCUACAGCAGGCCGUCCACGCCGACUUGGCGUAGGUCUGCUGAUCGGCAGCCGUGCAAGUUACCGAACAGCAUGUCAUCGUCGUUUCAUUUCGAGACGGCCAGAAACAGCCCACCCAGAGCUGAACCACCGAAGAAAACCGACCUGAAUGCAGCAGCCAAACAGUCCAAAGUGUCGACAGUCAAGAAGUUGGUUAACACAUACGACAUGGUCAAAUCGUUGGACAGGUACGCCACGUUGCCCAGGCGGAGGAGAAAGUCCAAAGAAAAUCUCGCUGUAAACUCAGUCACACCAGCCGGUACUACCACGGUCGUCCCUACGACGCCCAGAGAACCCAGUCUGAACCGGGCGGCAAGUCUGAGGAGAAAACACAUCGAACAGGGUGCCCUCGCCCACCUAAACAGUGGUGGUGCAGGUAGUAGUGGUGGUAAUGGUAUUAUUUCCGGUACCACAUCGCCGGCGAAAUCAGUACUUCCGAAAGCCACCAGGCCGCCGCCGGUGGCCGCCAGGACGAAGAUAUACCACGAGGUGUGCUCGCAGACCUGCCUGACUGGCGAAGACAUCACCAAAGUGCUAUCGGGCAGUUUAUUGCCUGCGAUUGAAAACAGGGUUGAAACUAAUGACGCUGAAGUACAGGUCGAUUUAGUGGAAAAAAGGAUCAAUGCACUUGAGACUGAGCUAAAGGAAAAGACUGAACAAUUAGACUGUAAAACAAAAAAAUUCAAUGAACAACAAGAGUGCCUUAAAAAUUUACAAGAACGGCUGAAUCAUGAAGAUUUAGACACGUGUAGACAAAUUGAUGCCUAUAGUCUGCGACUAUGCAACAUUUUUCAAAUUAAUGAUUGUUUGGAUCCAUCACCUUCAAAUAUUUUAGAAAUAUUAGAAAAUCAAGUGACAACCACUUCCUCAAUGAUCAAUGACCAGCAAAAAGAACUCAACCACCUUAAAACUCUUUGUACUUCUUUACAUAAAGAUUUGGAAAAAAGCUAUGCAGCUCAAAAAUCACUUUUGCAAGCCAAUCAAGCUUCUGAAAUGGAAUCCUCAGAAAUUCAAGAUUUUUUGCAAGCUGAGAAGACUAUGCUAUCAGAUACAAUUAAGGAAUUAGAAAAAGAAGUUAAGGAUUAUAAAGAACAAUUGGUUGUUAAAGAAAAAGAGGCUUCUAAAAUUAUGGAGCAAUGUACACAUUUAGUACGAAUAUCUGAACAACGAAGACAAGAGAAUUUGUCACUACAAACAAAAAUGCGUGUGAUGGAAAAUAAAAGUCGUGAAUUGUUACAACAACAAGAAGCAACUGCAUCCAGUGCUGUUGUGGGUCUAUCUGGAUUAGGUAGUCGUCUCGAUGCAUUAUUGGAUAGACUCAUCAAAUCUUAUUCCAUUUCAGAAGUUGAUAUUGAAGAUGAAGUAUACUUCAAUGAAGCAUACACAAAUGGAGACAGCAGCAGUGAUUCUGAACAACUUAAUGGCUCAUCAAAUAAGUCUGACUCAAAAAGCCUUAUGUCUGCUAUUGUCUCUGCUAUUAAAUCAGCACCAACCAACUGGCAUAAAGGGAAAUUUGAUAAAAACCUUGCAGCAAGCACAAAUUUACAAGAAUCUCCUAUUAAUUCUCCUAUCAAACGUCUACAAACGUCAGAAUCUAUGAAAGAACUACAGAGAACAAAUUCUCCAAUUAUUAAUAAACGAAACGUAUCAACUGGUGACCUAUUAUCACAAACUGAUUCCUUAGACGAUUGUAGUGAUUUACAAUCGGCCGAAAGUGAAUCCUUGAAUAAUCUGUCGGAGGCCAUAGUCGCCAGACAACAAUUGGAGUUGAGCAUGAACAAUACUAGCACUGGAAAUUUUGACUUUGAAUUUUUAGAGGACUUCCGAGCACCAGAUGCUGAUCUCUUAGACCAAGUGAUUGACUUAGACAAUACGGUCACCAAGUUAUUAAAAGUCAUCACUCUUGUUCAGACAAAUGGCAAAGAACAAUCUGUACACUCGGAGAGACAUGAAAUCAAAUACACAAAUGGUGUCAAUGGUAAUAGCAAGCAGUAUUCCUCGCAGUCCCCAUUGAUACAUGACAAUGAUGAAUCAAGUUAUAAACGGCCACCAAUAGUACCUAUGCAGGAACUAAACCCAAGCUCACCAAAAGCUUUAAAUGGAAUUAUGUGAUGACUAAUUUUAAUUUUUGCACUAUACAUGUGUGUUUUAUUUUUUUUUUAUGUAUAAAUAUUACAUUAAUAUUAUU